CUAGCCCAGGCAGUUGGUAUUUGGUCGUCCGGCGGAGCGCACGUCCUCGCGCCCGCCGAAUUAUAGCGUAAAAAAUUCGAGAAGAUUGUCGUGAACUAUUUCUGUAUCGGACAGUGUGACAGUGCGGUGCUGUGUUGUGUCGUGCUGUGAUUGUGCGUGUGACGAUUUUUGGUGGGAUUUCUUUGGAGUUUUCGAGUUGCUGCGCGGAUACAGCUGGAGGAAAAGCUGCAGCAGUUCUAAGAUUGCCGACAUAUUUGGAAAAUAAGAAAAUGCCUUGAAGAUGGAGGAACAUACCCACGCACCGCGACUCAAUGUAAAGAUUCAACAGAAAUAUAUAACUGGCACAAGUAAACAUGUAUGUUAAGAAGUUUUAUGAGAACAUUAGAACUGAGAGAGUGAAGAAAAAAAGGAACCUGAAGAUGGUACGAGAAUUGAAAAGGAUUGUUUAAGAGCAAGUAACAAUGCAAAAAAGAAGUUCCAACGCAGUUUGGGAAGAAAUUUUAGGAGCGAAAAUAAAACGAGCGAUAUAAAAGACGACUGAUGGCAAAUGAAAUCUUCCAAAACGUUAGCGCCAACGCUAGCGCCAACAAUGUCACCGAUGACGGCGGCGAUUCCGGCGUGUUCUUCAAGCUCCGCGUCAGCGUGCUGCUGCUCAUCGUCAUCAUGGCGGUGCUUGGCAACCUGCUUGUCAUCGUCUCUGUUAUGAGACAUAGAAAACUACGCGUCAUCACAAACUACUUCGUAGUAUCACUGGCCUUCGCUGACAUCCUAGUAGCCAUGGUGGUCAUGCCAUUCAACUUCAGCGUACAGUUCUACGACGAAUGGCGGUUCGGUUCCGUCAUCUGCGACCUAUGGAACUCUUCCGACGUCUACUUCACAUCCACCUCGAUAUUGCACCUAUGUUGCAUAUCGGUUGAUAGAUACUACGCCAUUGUGAAGCCUUUGAAAUAUCCAAUCAAGAUGACUAAAAAGAUGGCAUUCGUCAUGUUAGCAGCUACAUGGCUAAGUCCAGUCACAAUAUCCUACGCCCCAAUCUUUAUGGGGUGGUACACAACGAAAAAACACUUAGACGAGCGAGAGCUUCCACAGAACGCCCAUAAAUGUGACUGGGUAGUCAAUAAGCCAUACGCCGUAAUAUCCAGCUCGAUAUCCUUCUGGAUACCUUGCACGAUCAUGAUCUUCACGUAUCUAGCAAUAUUCAAAGAAGCGAACAGACAGGAGAAAGCGCUGCAUGCAAGAGCUGGCAACGCUAUGCUCAUGCACAGACAUUCAAGAGAAGUUGGAGAUAAAAAUGGUGCUUUGCACUUAAAUGCAAAUACACCAACCAAAGAUAGGAAUAUACUAAAGAUGAAGAGAGAGCACAAAGCAGCAAGAACUUUAGGGAUCAUCAUGGGAGCAUUCAUUCUCUGCUGGCUUCCGUUCUUCUUAUUCUACAUAACUACAGCAUUAUGUACAACCUGCACAUAUCCAGAAGUGCUCACAGUUAUCAUGUUCUGGACUGGUUAUUUUAAUUCUGCGCUAAAUCCAAUUAUUUACGCGUAUUUCAACAGAGACUUUAGAAAUGCUUUUAAGAAUACUUUAGCGUGUGCCUUCUGCAGUUUUUGUAAAAGGAACGCAUCGGAUCUUGAUGCCAUGGAGAGGUUGGACCGGCGUGGUUCUGCAAAUCUGAGGGUGCCUGCGGCUUCAAGACGGGCGUCCGACCUGGCAUCACUUUGAAAACCCAGAAACUCUAACGAGUCAAGUGUGUAACACUAGUAGUCAACGAAUGGCCAGCGUACUUAGAUUAGUCGUGACUGAUAGUUCAGUGAAAAUGUGUAUAGAACUUUAAAGUAUUUUAGUAAGACUAAGUAGGAAAAUAGUCAAAGAAAUUGUAGCAUAUUUUGAAAACUGUAUGUCUGUUUUGAUUCUUGUCCUAGCUAUUAUGUUUAAUUUAAUUUGUAACUAACAUUGCUUUUAAUUAAUCAGGGCUCACAAUAUCAGAAGUGGAAUUUCAGAUCGCGUAAUUACUGAAUGGAGCUUAAAUGUAAUUAAUUGAUGUUCAUUGUUCAUUCAGAAGUGGACACUUAAAUUAACGAGUUGUGUAAUAACCAAUAAAAACAGACCUGACGCUGUGUGACCUGAUCUGUACAGUUAAUUUAUGUUAUCUUUAACUUUAAUAUUUAUGUAAACAAAUUUAUUCAAAGUGUGGAUGUUGAAAUAGGCUGAUAGAUAUUUUAGAGGCCUAAUUCAUUUGAUUGAAAGCCAAAGUAACGAUGUAAAUAUAAAUUAAGAUUAAACCAAUAGAAACAUUUUAAUUAAAUGUUAGGCUUAGAACUACUGUAAUUAUAGAAAUAUAAAGUUUCAUAUAAUUACGAUACUUAGGGAAAUAGCUAAUUGAAAUUAUAUAAAAAAUGUAUUGUAUAAUAGAAAAUUAACUAAAAAAUUAAACAUUAAAAUGCAAAAAGUAUUUUAAAUUGUAGAUCAUGUAUUUUAAAUAGUAAUUUAAUUUGAAGAACGUUAAAACGACGGGGAUACAGUUUUAGAUAUGAUUAUAAAUUAUCAUCACUUUAAUAAAAUUUUAGACAGUUAACCAUGUUUUGAAUUAAGAAACCAAACUAGUCAGUUUUGAUUUGUGUUAAUUAGGUAUUACAUUAGGGGGUAGACUUUGUAUAGUAGUAAUUAAAAAUGAGUGAGUAUAUAGUUUUGUACGGUUCUGUUUUUGUACUUAGGUAUCAAAUUUUGUCACAGGUUUUGUCUUAGAUUUGGUAAUAAGUAACCAUCGUGUCGAUUUCUUUUGUAAAUUAUUUUUGUUUUGUUUUGUUGUUGUUUAAGCAUCUACUUUAUUUAUUUGUUGUUUUCAGUGAAAUGUUUUCUCUAACCUGAAGAUGCUAAUAAAUAUUUUAAAUAGUAAAUACAGAAAUGUGAAUAAUAAAGGUAAGGUUUUAGAAUAUAGGAAUAAUGAUGUAGAUAUUAGUAUAUACACAGUCGUUAGUUUUUAAAAUUAUUUUAUUUUAACUUUAAUAGGAAGAUACGGUAAAGAUAUGGGGACAAAUAACGCUUCAAUAGAAAAAAAAAAACGAUUUUAAAAUAAUUAUCGAUGUGCUACAAUUAACUUUUUAACAAAUCCGUUAGAUUUGGUGUGUCAGUGUUGUGUCAAAAUAAAUCUGUUUUAAAAUUAGUAGGUUUUUAAAUAAUAAAAUGACUAACUUACUAAUAGCAAAUAUUCUGAAUCUUGGCUUCCCUUUAAACUUCGUUUUCAUUAAAUAAAAUUUAUUCGUCUUUCCAGUUACAAAAUAUGAGGUUAUUUUUUGUAUAUUUAAAUAAUUUACAAUAUCAUAAUGUCAGAGGCAGAAAAACAAAAAUUUUGUCAGAAUUAUUCUUAAAAUAAAGUUUAGUCAAAUCAAACAUCUAUUGUAAUAUAAAAAUGACCAAACUCAGUAAAAACAAAUUAUUUCAUCUUGAUUUUAAUUAUUUCAAACAAUACCUUUUCUUCUAGAACAAAACACUUUUUUAAUAAAGUGAGGACUCUAAGCACGAAUAAUUUCGUAGAUCGACCCGCCUUUUUCUAUAUCUAUCACAUGCGAAUAUGGAGGGUCAAUAUAAGAAAUUCUUCGUUCUGAGCGUCCUAUCUUAAGCGAAACUUUGGCUACAAAAAAUAUUAAAAGACAGUGUUUUUCUUCAACGUUUAUUUGCCCUCUUUAAAAAACGCUAAUGUAAAUUCAAUGUGUCUUCCUUUUGAAUAAGUAAUUAAGGCUCAAAACUUAUAUAAUUAAAUAAUAAAUGUAGAAUUCUGAAAUUAAAAAUUAGGUAUAUAACGAAUUUUUAAUAAAGUUAUUAAUAGCCAAAAUUUUAGCAUCAAUUGUAGAGCUGCGCCCAAAAGUAAUGUGUAUUUUAGAAAAUGAAGUAUCAUUGGAAAUAUUUAUAGGAAAUUUUAUUUCCUAGAAUAAUAGUAGUUAGGAACUAUUUAGUAGUAAACCUUGUAACUUUUUGGUAUGUCAUUUUAAAAUUUCCAAACGUCACUGGUUCUCGCAUAUAAUAAAUUAAAUAUGUCGCAUAUGGGCUGUAAAUGUAAAAAAAGUAAUAAUAAAUGGUUGUGACUUCUUUAGAUGUACUAUGUUCUAACAAAAAUCAUAUCUCUGAAAUCGUAUUUUUGUUACUUAUUUAUUUUCUAUAACAUGAAUAACAAAUUUUUACAUUCUCAUAUUUUAUGUAACUUUAAAUGACGUUUUUGCUUUAAAGACUUUUAAUUUUCCAAUAAUAUUCAUAACUAUAUAAGUAAUGUUUUAAAUAUCUUGCAUAAUAUUUAGUUUAACAUUAAAUUUUGGUUGAUAUCCGUCCAAUAUUUCUUGUUAAUUUCUAUCUAUGUCUUCUAGCUUGAUGUACUCAAAAGAUAUAUAAUAUGUGUUAGCUUGAAGUAUUUUGUAGUCAAUGCAUAAAUGUGAAAUUAAAUGUGUAAAUAUCUGUCAAAUGGCAUUACCAUAGUUACUUAUCAUUUUUAAUAUUAGACGUUUUUCAUACAAAUUAGUUGAAUCCUUUAGCCUGGUUAACGGUAUAGGUAAAUGUUAACAACACAGCAAUAUUAUAACUUUAAAUACAAUAAUAGCAUAUGUUAUAUGGGUAUUAACAUUGAAAAAACAUUAAUGUUUCACAUCGAUAGUUCAUAAAAAUAUAUUAAUUUAAUAAUUGUCUUUUUCGAUAUACUUUUUAAUACGUACAAGUAGUCCGCGCACGAAAUUUCGAUUAAUUAAAAUAAAAACACGAAAAAUGCCGUUACAGAGUAAAUUAAAUACAACAAAGGCGAACUUAUCCCUGUCUAUGAUCUCUUCCAGUUAACCUUUGAGGAAAUGAGUAGACCAGAUGUAACGAUGAGUGAAUCAUAAACAAAAACAAAAGUGUACAAUCACUGAAAUUAAUGAAAUGCAAGUUUUGAGAUAGAUAAAACCAUGAGAAGAGAUAACCAUAAAAGAAUGCAUACAUAUAUAAAUAUAACAUAAAUAAAAAAAUAUUCAAUGUAUAAUAUAAAUAGAUAUGAAUUCGAACCAGAAAAGUAAAGGAAAUUAAAAAAAGUAGAGGUACUAAAUGGAAUUAUACUAUAAAUAUGAACAGUGUUGGCCGAACGUGAAUUGAAAUUGACAAUUAACCAUAACAAAUUGAACCAUAAAGCGUACCGGACGGUUACAGUUUACGGUUCAAUUUGUAAUGGUUAAUGGUCAAUUGCGUUAACGUUUCGACCAACACAUUAUGAGAGACCCGCUUCGCCUCCAUGCCCCGCGCUCGGUGCACACCGUGGCGCCCUCAACCCUAAAAGUUCUCAGGCACUUGUGCGUAGACUGCAUGCAGUACGUAAAAUGUACGCGACUUUUUUAGACGUUUAUAUUUUAUUUUAAAUGUCACUAUUAACAAAUUUAAUAUAACUGUGUGUUUAAGUUAUGACUGCAGAGUGAUGCUUUAUUUAUUUAGUUUUAACGGUUAUUCAUAUAUUAUAUUGAUUAAGUAUUUCUGUUACAUCCUAUUUUGGACUGUGAUAGCUUAGAAUGUUAAAAAUUCGAUAUAUUGUUUAUCAGUUUUGUUAUAAUAUUAUUACUUAAGCGCAAUCACCAAGUAAUAUAUAUCAUAUAUUUGAAAUGUAUUGACUCUCUAAUGAAUAUUUAUAAUAUUUAUCAUCCAAAGGUGAAUUUAUAUAUUUAUUAGUUGUACAUAAUCCCUUACUUGCAGAUGUUAAAUUAUUGAUUUUAAUAUUGUAUUUGUCAAUGCUGGAGGGAAAUAAAUCGAUGCUAUUUCACUUGUUUAAGAAACUGAUGAAAGGAGUGGUUUAGCCAUUAGGUACCUAUGUUACCUAAUAAUGUGCGUGUAAUCAAAUGCUUUUUGCAAAAUAAAUGACGAUUUCUUUCGUAUAUAAUA